CCUCCAUGUGGAAACAAAGAAAAAACAAAAGGAGCUUUGUAAUAAACGAUGAUCCGUGUUAGCUGAAGCAUAAAAUAUUGACUAAAAGAAAUCUUAUGUAAUCAGUAGAGUUGAUUCUGAAGAGUGAAUGUAGAGUUUAGGCAGUACAUUCAUGGACAUCAAUAAAUUACUCUGGUUUUGGCAACCAAAAUGAAAUUUUACAAAAUUGAGCCGUUUAUCACCCACUCUAUCCUCUGAAGCACAACCAGAGCAACCAAACCAUGCCCAAUUUCAAAACCCAGUUGCUGAUUGUGAUUCUUGUACUUGUACCAAUAGUAGUUCUAUCAGAACCAGAAGCAGUUGAGGCUUUGCUGAGUCGUCUCGACUCCAAACGGUCGUCUGCUUCAGUUCAAGAAGCUGCAGCUAAAGCUGUUCUCAAAAGAUUGCUUCCUACCCAUGUAGACAGUUUCGACUUCAAGAUUGUCAGCAAAGAGGCUUGUGGUGGACAGAGUUGCUUUUUGUUAAACAAUAACAACCUGUCACGCAGACAGGGUCCUGAGAUACAGAUUAAAGGGACCACAGCAGUUGAAAUUGCGUCUGGCCUUCAUUGGUAUUUAAAGUAUUGGUGUGGUGCUCAUGUUUCUUGGGACAAGACUGGCGGUGUUCAGGUAGUUUCCAUACCGAAACCAGGAUCACUGCCUCGUGUAAGAGACGAGGGAUUGAAAAUUCAACGACCAAUCCCAUGGAACUAUUACCAAAACGUUGUCACAUCCAGCUAUUCCUUUGUUUGGUGGGAUUGGGAAAGAUGGCAGAAAGAAAUAGACUGGAUGGCUCUUCAGGGGAUUAACCUGCCUUUAGCAUUCACAGGGCAAGAAUCAAUUUGGCAGAAAGUUUUCAUGGAUUUCAAUAUUAGUAAGGAAGAUUUGAAUGAUUUCUUUGGUGGACCUGCCUUCCUUGCAUGGGCUCGCAUGGGAAAUUUACAUGCGUGGGGCGGGCCUUUAUCACAGAAUUGGUUAGAUCAACAAUUGGUUUUGCAGAAACAGAUACUAACUAGGAUGCUAGAGCUAGGCAUGACUCCAGUGUUACCAUCUUUCUCUGGAAAUGUUCCAGCAGCUUUGAAGAAGAUAUAUCCUUCAGCAAAUAUAACCAGACUUGGAGACUGGAACACUGUUAACGGUGAUCCUCGUUGGUGCUGUACAUACCUUCUUGAUCCUUCUGAUACUUUAUUUGUUGAAAUUGGGACGGCUUUUAUUAGGCAACAAGUUGAAGAAUAUGGGGAUGUGACAGACAUCUAUAACUGUGAUACCUUCAAUGAAAAUUCUCCACCUACAAAUGAUCCAGCGUAUAUCUCAUCACUUGGAGCUGCUGUGUAUAAAGCAAUGUCCAAAGGUGAUAAGGAUGCUGUGUGGUUAAUGCAAGGUUGGCUCUUCUAUUCGGACUCCUCUUUUUGGAAACCACCUCAAAUGAAAGCUCUUCUACAUUCUGUGCCGUUUGGAAAAAUGAUAGUUCUCGAUCUAUUUGCGGAUGUGAAACCAAUAUGGAGAACAUCAUCUCAGUUUUACGGAACUCCUUAUAUUUGGUGUCUCUUGCACAAUUUUGGUGGAAACAUUGAAAUGUAUGGCAUAUUGGAUGCGGUUUCUUCAGGUCCAGUUGAUGCCCGAACUAGUGAAAAUUCUACUAUGGUUGGUGUUGGCAUGUGCAUGGAAGGAAUUGAGCACAAUCCAGUUAUUUACGAAUUGACGUCUGAAAUGGCAUUUCGCAGUGAAAAGGUUCAAGUUCAGGACUGGCUAAAAACCUAUUCCCUUAGACGCUAUGGUAAAACAGUUCAUCAAGUUGAGGCAGCUUGGGAAAUUCUUCACCACACAAUUUACAAUUGUACAGAUGGAAUUGCUGACCAUAACACAGAUUUCAUAGUCAAAUUUCCUGACUGGGAUCCAUCGUCAAAUCCCAUAUCUAACAUUACCAAACAAAACCAGAUGCAAAUGCUCUUAGCGCUCGAUAGAAAGAGAAGAGUUUUACUCCAAGAAACCAGCGCUCAUUUGCCUCAGGCACAUUUGUGGUAUUCUACACAAGAGGUGGUCAAUGCUUUACGACUAUUCCUCGAUGGUGGUAAUGAUCUUUCUGGAAGCCUAACAUAUAGAUAUGACUUGGUUGAUUUAACACGGCAAGUACUGUCCAAGCUAGCGAACCAAGUAUAUGUGGAUGCUGUGACAGCUUACCAGGGGAGGGAUGUGAAAGCGUAUAGUCUCCAUAGUCGAAAUUUUGUUCAACUCAUAAAGGAUAUUGAUGUACUUCUUGCUUCGGAUGAUAACUUUUUACUUGGAACCUGGCUCGAAAGUGCAAAAAAGCUGGCAGCUAAUCCUACGGAAAGGAGGCAGUAUGAGUGGAAUGCAAGAACACAGGUGACGAUGUGGUUUGACAACACAAAAACCAACCAGAGCAAGCUUCAUGAUUAUGCAAAUAAGUUCUGGAGUGGGCUAUUGGGAAGCUACUAUCUACCACGAGCUUCAACCUAUUUUAGUUAUUUGUCAAAAAGCUUGAGGGUCAAUAAGGACUUUGAGGUGGAGGAAUGGAGAAAAGAAUGGAUAUCAUUGUCAAACGGUUGGCAAGCAGGUACCGAGCUUUACCCAGUGAAAGCAAAAGGAGAUGCUCUUGCCAUUUCUAGAGCUUUGUAUAAGAAAUAUUUCAGUUGAGGAAAAUGGGGUUUUAUUAUGAGACAGGGAAGGAGUUAUGUUGUAAAGUAGCCAAACCCGUCCCAGAUGUAUUCUUUACUCGAAGAGCCCUUCCCUUUGCAUGCUGCAUCAGUAAUAAACUUCUUUUUUUUUUUUGGUAGACAUCAAUAAUAAACUAGGGUCAUUGUUUAUCUCGAGCAUUGAUGUAAUAGAGGUUAUGCAACCAUUUAACGAUAUUGACAGUGGAAAUUAGACGAAGAAUGCUAGCUUUGAUUCGCAAAA